AUGACUAUCGAAAUGCCUGAGCUGGAGCAGUUGACGGUCGAUGAAUUUGCUGGCGAAAUCAUCAAACAACCCUCGGCGGGUCACGAUGGUGAUAUUUCGCGUGCUAGGUGCAUCCUCACACUCCCAGAUGAGCUCUUAAGCAAGAUUUUAGACUAUUCUAUCCUUUUUCAACCGAUGAACAGCUGGAGCGAGAGCCCACUACGAUCCGGCUAUGACCCGGCGAGGAUCAUGACUGUCGCUCUUACUUGCCGGCGCUUCAGUCAAAUUGUCGUGCCUUUCUACUACCGUAAAACAUUCUCAGACUAUGUCAUGAAGCUUAUUCCACCGGAUUCACGACUAGAACUGUUACUUUGCACGUUGCAGGCUAAUCCUUCGCUUGGCUUGCAUUGUCGCGUGUUGAACUCGUUUCUACCCGACAAGGGAAAUCACGAGGAGCCAGGCGGAGGAUGCGGGCUAGCCGAACAGCUUCCAGCCCUUGUGCCCAAUAUUAAAAGAGUAUACCUUCGUGGCUGCUUUGGCAAAGCCAGGAACAAACAGGCCUGGACGUUCUUGACGGCGUGUGUGCGACAUAUGCAUCAGCUUGAGGAUGUAGCCUUACAGCGUCAAGCCCGUGAAGGUCUUGAAGUGGCCGAUUUUCUUGCAGCGUUCCAAGGCUCCUCGCUGAAAGAGUUGCGAGUUGGGGGCUUUGCCAAAUCAAGGUCUCGGCUUGAAGACUUGAAGGUCCAGAAAACUUCAAGCCUUAAGAUAAUGGAGCUUGAAGGCUUUUCGGAUAAUGCUGAGGCAUUGAGAAUACUGCUCAGCUGGCCAGAAGCCCUUUCCUCAUUUAGACUAUCCGGGAGCUUCAGCGAUGGCCUUUACAUAGAUCUCCCGAUGGUGAAAGACAUGCUUUUCCAGCAUAGAAACAGCCUUGUGAGCCUCGAUAUUGGAAAUCUUCCCCGAGAGGGCAAAGCCAAGCUUUGUGACUUCUCAGAAUUUUCCGUUCUGGAAAAGCUGUCUCUAUCACGAUGGCACUUUGGAGAAUCCAGAGAAAAGUUACCAGAUUCUCAGCAAAUAUUCGAGAAUUGCCUUUCGCCACCACGGCUUAGAAAAUUUACGUGGACCUUCUCGAUGAUGGACUUAGCAUGGCCGCAAUGGUAUGACUUUGAACACGAAGAGGAAUCGUGGGUUCGAAAUCUUGCGCAAACCGCAAUUGCAAGGAAAUCUCUACUUCGAAAGAUUCGCAUUUCUUAUUACCCAUUGACUCUUGGCAAUCCAGAGUUGGAUUAUGAUUAUCCCUGGGAUCGAAUGGAUGCUUUGAAUGAGGAGUUUCAGCCUCAUGGUAUAGCGAUCACCUACACGAAGCCGCCAACGACAAGGGAAAAGUGGGCUUGGGAUCGUGCUAAUGCCGAUGCUAUACGUCAUAUUAAUAGACUCAGUCUUAUAGGCUAG